AUGGAUUCGGUUGUUUCAGAGCUCGAAGGAACUCUUCUCAAAGAUCGAGACCCAUUCUCUUAUUUCAUGUUAGUAGCAUUCGAGUCAUCGGGUUUUCUUCGUUUUGCCAUGUUAUUGAUUUUAUGGCCUGUGAUUUGGUUACUAGGUAUGUUGGAGAUGGAAGAAUAUGGGCUCAAGCUAAUGGUCUUUGUUGCCACUGCGGGUGUUAGUGAAUCAGAGAUUGAGUCGGUAGCAAGAGCAGUUUUACCAAAGUUUUACUUGGAUGAUAUUGAUAUGGAGGCAUGGAAAGUGUUUAGCUCAUAUGAUAAAAGAGUUGUGGUGACUAAAAUGCCAAGGAUCAUGGCAGAGAGGUUUGCGAAGGAGCAUUUGCGAGCGGAUGAGGUUAUUGGAAGUGAACUUGUGAUAAGCCGGUUUGGGUUCGCCACAGGAUUUGUCAAGGGCAACAAUAUUGAUUCUUAUAUCUCUACCCGGGUUGCCAAACUGUUUAUAGAUGAAAAACCUGGUCUUGGACUAGGAAGGGUUACUUCUUCAUUCUUAUCUCUUUGCAAGGAACAAAUGCAUCCCCUAUUCAUGGCCAACCAAAACCAACAUGAUCAUCAGCUCGUCCGCCCUCUCCCCGUGAUCUUUCAUGAUGGCCGCUUGGUCAAGCUCCCAACACCAUCCAUGGCACUCCUAAUCAUCCUCUGGAUGCCACUAGGCAUCAUACUCGCAACAAUCCGGAUUCUGGUGGGACUGAUGUUACCGAUGUGGGCCAAACCUUACUUGUCCAGAGUAUUGGGUGGCAAAGUCAUUGUCAAAGGCAAACCACCACCGCCUGCGUCCAGUGGCAAAAGUGGUGUGCUAUUUGUUUGCACCCAUCGAACUCUAAUGGAUCCUGUGGUUUUAUCCACGGUACUAAGGCGUAAAAUCCCAGCUGUCACAUACUCCAUUUCAAGAUUAUCAGAGAUCUUAUCACCAAUCCCCACAGUUCGAUUAACAAGGAUUCGCGAUGUGGAUGCCAAUAAAAUCAAACGACAACUAGCCAAAGGCGACCUUGUGGUCUGUCCAGAAGGAACAACUUGUAGGGAACCAUUCCUAUUGAGAUUUAGUGCACUUUUCGCUGAAUUAACUGACCAGAUAGUGCCAGUAGCAAUGAAUUAUAGGGUUGGUUUUUUCCAUGCAACUACAGCAAGAGGAUGCAAAGCUUUGGACCCUAUAUUCUUCUUCAUGAAUCCUAGACCAGUUUACGAGGUGACUUUCUUGAAUCAGCUGCCAGUAGAAGCUACAUGCUCCUCUGGUAAAAGCCCACAUGAUGUUGCAAAUUAUGUCCAGAGAAUCUUAGCAGCUACAUUAGGAUUCGAAUGCACAAACUUCACUAGGAAAGACAAGUACAGGGUUCUUGCUGGGAACGACGGAACAGUAUCAUACACUUCCUUUGUUGGUCAGAUUAAGAAGGUGGUGAGCACGUUCAAGCCUUUCUUUCACUAG